GUGACUUUCCCUGAUUGGACAAAUGAAUUUCCUUUAUGUGGUUUGCUAACAUUUAUUUGUUUGUUGUCUUACUGUUUAUUGAUAACUAUUUUCUUUUUGUAUGCAGAAUGCAGAAAAGUAUUACUCUGCAAAAUAUUAAUCCUUACUUGGUAUGUUCAUUAUGCAAAGGAUAUUUGGUCGAUGCGACAACAAUAGUGGAAUGUCUGCAUUCAUUUUGUAAGAGUUGCAUUAUCAAACAUCUCGAAUUGUCGUACAACUGUCCGAAAUGUAACACAGAGAUUCAUAAAACUAAACCGCUAGAGUAUAUCAGGUCAGAUCCCAGUCUUCAAGAAAUUGUGUAUAAACUUGUUCCAGAUCUUUUUGCAAAAGAGGAACAGCGCAGAUAUGAAUGGCGAAAAUUGGACAUUUCUAAUGAAAAUGGUGCUACCACAACUUCCACAGAACAUUCCCCACACGACACUAGGAUAUUAGUCACCUUGAAAUAUUUCAGAGGGACGUCACGUAUGGAGAGAAUCAAAACAGAAAAGGUCCUUCAGUUAUUUCCAACAAGAUACUUAUGUUGUCAACCUGAAAUGCCUGUCGGUGUUUUAAAAAAGUUUGUACAGCACAAGUUUGAUAUAUCUCAGGAUAUGUUUGAGCUUGAAUUGUGGCGAGGUGAUGAAACACUACUUGACGAGUUAACGUUAAAACAACUCGUCCAAAUCUAUGGUUUGUACAGGGAGAGAAAGCCGUUAGAACUUCACUUUAGUUUGUAUCCCAAGUUCGAAUCACAACAAGAGCAGGAAGGCUGUGAAAAAGAUGAUGUGAAUAAUGAACUUAAAACGAACAUAGAUACCAGGCAUGAAGAAGGCCUAGGUGAAAGCUUAGAAACCGGGUCAAAAGGCGAUGGCGAUCUUGAAAAUAACCAAAAUAUUCAUAUUUCUGAGGCAAAACCAACGCAGGAGAACACUUGCUCCAACGCAGAGGAUAUGGAUACAGAACCUCACGACAGUGAAAUUGAACUAGACAUACCGCCCAGUGAAACGCUAGAUACAAACUCGAAUUCUGAUUCUCUAGAAAUUAUAUUACCGCGUGAACAGGAAGAAAUGAAUGGUGUCACGUGAUUUAUUAUUUAUUUAUUAAAUUAUUUUUUAUGUACAAGAAUUUACAUAUUUACAAA